AUGGGAGACCCCUUCGGCGAGGAGGUCGCGGGGCAGCCUCCGCUCCAGCGGGCGCGCGUGGGUGACAUCAUGGACCUCGAUGGUGACGCCAGACGGGCCCCUGCCCCAGGGACCCCAGGUGGAGGAGUGACUCUCGACCCGACUUUCGGUCUCGGUCGCGAGGCAGCUGCGAUGGUCAAUUCGAUCAAGGCGGCCCUGAAUCCAGAUUUCAGCAACAUCACACGAGAUGUCGAGAACGUACGCACCCAGCUGACGAACAUGAGUCUGGAGGUGGACCUGAUGACCACAAGAAUGGACUCGUUCUCUUCCCGCGUCGACAAGACCGGUCAGAAUGUGCAGGACCUCCUGAAAAGGACAGCCGUCCUGGACAGGGACAUCUACACACUGGAACCGCUCGCCUCGCUCGGAAAGAUAAAGUUCAGAUCCUCCCGGAACAUGUGGACCUUCCCGAAGCCCUUCAAAGGCCACAAGUUCCAGUUCCAGGGCAAAAACCUCUUUCAUCCGAUAG